CCCGGGUAGACCAAGUGUGCGUAGGUAUGAUACAAUCUCUCAUGUAAACUAUUGGAUCAAGUUGAACUGAAAGUCAUGGACCUGUUGGGAAAAUGGUAUAUUAUUUGGACCUUCUUUAUAACAUGUUGUAUUCCCGUAUCCCGUUCAGAGCCUUUUAUCAGUAGUUGGAUGUCCAUUAGAUCUCAGACGGCUGGUCCUUUUGUCGUUCACCAUUACUUGGGAGAGUACCCCGCUAAAGUUGAUGUACAGCUGAACGUGACAAAAGAUGGGGAGGAGUACAUAUUUUCCGGGAUCGGCACGGCACAGCGAGACGACGACCGGGACAAGAUGUAUGGCGGAGUGGUGUAUAGGUACAAUGAUCAGCACGUGAAGUUAUAUGUUCCAAAAUCAACGGGCAUCAGUUCAUAUACAGCCAAAGGCAGACUGGUUUAUACAGGCGGAAGUGCAUACACUGGACCCUUUGCGUCCAGUUUCCAAACUGGAUUCGUUAGAAUCAGAGCCUGGAGAUUAUGUGAUUUUCCCCGCGCCAAUUUUUCCUCAGAUGGAGUUUAUGACAUCAGUAGUAAGGAGGCUGCAUCAAGUUUUGUAAGAAUUCCUCAUAGCAUUGGAGAUAGGCCCACGUUUGUGGUCGUACAGGUCAUGACUUCUGAUGGGUAUAUAUUCGAAGCAGAAGGCGCUGUAUUUGUUCCAAUUAUAACCUAUUACGGCAGUUCUACAAUGUUUUCGCGGCUUUGUGGGACAGUUUAUAGCGUCAACAACCUUGAAUUUAGACUCUGGGCACCAUUUAACACUGGUGGGUCUGCUGUCAGUGUAUUUUGCGUGGUAGACGGAUGGGGAUCAGAGCAACUAAAAUUCAAUUCCGGAACGGUGUAUAUUAAUGCCUGGGUUCUUGAAGCAGAUCAUGUCGUGUUCAAUCACCAGCAAACGUACGGAAAAAACAUCGCCUCCCCGAACACCGUCAAUCUCGGAAACGACUACAACAUUGAUGAACAUAUAACCUUUGUUCAGGUCAAAUCGAUCAAUGACAGUUUUAUGUUCCCUGCGGCCGGUAGUGCAAUGUCUGACGGGUCGUUCGGAAGCUUUGGUGGUGUUGUGUACGGCUUUACAGAGAAUAAGGUUCUGUUAUGGAGACCGGCUGAUAACCAGGCCAGUGGUCAUGUAAUUUACAUUGGAGGAAAUUGGGGGAACGGUGUAUAUUCGACAAAACAAGAUGUUGGCUACCUUAAAGUUUCAAUACUGUACUUCCCAUCAACAGAUUCAUGUGGUAAAUCGUGCGUAAAUGGAUCUUAUUACCGAUGUGAUUGCACGUCUGGUGUUGCACAAAUACCAAUUAUGGCAGCGGCGAGUCAAUCUCAAAUACAAUAUGUAUCGGGAAAUGCGUUGCCUUCAGUGAUGUGCAAUAUGUCAACGUUUUCAACAUUAGUCAAUCUGAAAACCGUUCAAUAUCAUAUCUACGGUUUGGAGUUUAGAGCAAUCGUGGCGGAACAGCAUCUCAAUAUAACACAUUUCUCUGUGAUAUCAACAGGGAAAAAUAUAAAAUGUCUUCAUAUGGACAUGCCACAUAACGCUUCAAAUUACGUAAAUGUAAACUUCUUUAUUUCGAAUUUUGGGAUCCCUAGCAAACAAACUGCUCUAUCCGCUGAUGAUGAAAUGAUUAUUCGGGUUGAUUAUCAGCCACAGGUGCUUGCCCAACCGUUCGACGUAUUUCAUGUAACUAACGGAGUGAAUCCCAUCGUUCAGUUGGUGUCAACAACAGUGUUUCUGGGAAAUUCUAGUAAUGAGUCAAACCUUUCAACUAACUAUACAAUAUCUAUAACAAAUGCCUGCUCUGAGGAUUGCAUUGGACCUGGAGAUAACUUGGAAUUUAUGAUAGAUGUAUCAACUGAAUUUGACCAGUGCUAUGCUCCUUUUGAAUUGGAGUUUCCGUUUUCUGCAAACACUUCAUCUCUACUUACAGUUUGUUCAUAUGAAAUCGUGAAAAUUGGAUCAAAUUUCCCAUGUUUGGUUUUUGAUGAAGUUUUCACAAAUGAGAAUAGGUCCAUAGAUGGAAGCAUUGAAAACGUAAUAAUUCGAUUUCCACGAUUCUGCAACCUAAAAGUUUCAAAUGACAUAACAGAAAACGUGAUUUCAAUUAGAGUUCGAGUUUCUUUGAAAGAACAAGACAAAUCCAUUACUACUUGGGGAGGCCCUACGGAAUUGUGCGUACAGACACGUGCACACGGCAGCUACUCUCAAAAAUGGCCUUGUUACAACCUAUCGUUACGCCAAAUAACGUCAUUCUCCGAUUUGACUGUCGUUGACGGUAUAACAGUUCCUAUAACGCAGUCGUUUCUUCCUGUGAACCGCAGCCUGCUGGUCAGUGUAGACGGCUCAAACUUCGAAAUUAAAGAAAUUGAAUUGUCUCUUGUUUCAAUUGGAGUGACGAUGACAGAAUACGGCAUUUCCAAUCCUUUGUUAGCUACAGAUGUUGUUCUCUCUCGUCCCAAUGCAUGCAUGAAUGUCAGUUGUUGUGUACAAAAUCAAUUCAGAUCCAGCCCAGUAACAGAUUACUUGAAAUUUUAUAACGAUCCCAUGGAAAAUUUGAUAAAGAACGUAAGUCUGUUUCUGGAUAAAAGCAACACAUCCUGUAUGACGUUGCCUAGUAACGGUGACACUCCUCCUGUUUUUCUGCUGAAAAUGAAUGCAUCCGUCCUGUUGGGUGUGUCUGGGUCCCAAUUUACAAUUCUCCUUCACGGCGAAGACCUCCUCUGUGAACGUCAUGGUGGACAAUCUUCAAUUCAGGUGUCCGUACCGGUCUCGGAUUCACAAGAUGUGUCAUUAGCCAGCCUAAAGUUCUGUUCGUCUGAAGAAACAACUAACUUUUCACACGACAACGUCACUUCCUGUCAGUUUAAAUGUUCGUGUGAUAUAACGCACGUGUGUAGUGAGGUUGUCAUUUUUAUUGCAACAGAUAAGCAAUGGAAAUUGUGCGAAAUAAGUGCUUUACCUUGAACUAAAAGUUUAAUAAAAUGCAUGAAAGGUUUUUGAAAUUAUGGAGGUUUUUUUUCAACUAAACCUAAAGGGGAAAAACAUUGUUGGGUUGAACAAUUUUGGUCACGAUUUUACUUGUAACUAACAACUUUAAACUUUGAUUUUUUUUUUUCAUUGUUGACAACGCUUCACUGAGGCACAAUGGUAUUUUAUUUGAUUUGUCAUGUUUUUGUAAUUAGGUUAGUGACAUACUUGUGUACUGGUAAAGUAUUCUUUUGAAGCAAAACCAUAUUAUAUGAUAUUAGAUCAUAAGGAAUACAUUAAGAAGGCUUAAAGUGUUGGUCAUAUCCAAUUUAGUUUUCUUUUCAACAAUUUAAUUGAAAACUAAAUAUUACAUGAGCUUUGUUUAGUCGAGUUCAGUAUCUCGCCUAUUACUCGACAAUUUUAGUGGACAUAAGAAAUAUUUUAGCUAUAGAUUAAGAAAAUAAAAUCAAAUUUUCAACUCAAAUCGUGACAAAUUAAUUUUCAAAAGAAUUAAAACGGCAUUUUUUAUUAACAACCAAAGUUAUAUUAUAACACUCUGUAUCAAUUUUUUUCAUACAUACUUCAAUCAAUUAUGUAAAUAUUAGUUAGCUUUAACGCGUGUCGCACGACCAUGGACGACGACAAACGAAAACUAAUUUAAAUAGGUAACCUGAAUGACUCAGGCGAUCUUAACAAAAAUAAUUAUUCGUAUAUAUUUUUAGGAGAUUUUAGGGAACAAAUCGAAAGU